GAAGCUGUCAGUUGUUGUCAACACCCCGGUAGGAUGGUCAGUGGCUUUAUCAGGAUCUCUCCCUCAGUAGGUUAAACCACCGACAGGUAUCCGCUGCAGCCUCAGGUAACUCAUUGUUCUGAGCGCGAGGGAGAUGGAGGGUCUCCGGUUCAGGCGCGUGCAGAGACCGCAGGUCAUCACCGACGAGCUGCCGGAGCACCACUACAAGGCGUCUGGCACCUACAGUGGGAAGGUUUUCCAGGUGACUCUGAUCUCUCUGGGUGGCUUUGUACUUCUUCCUCUCCUGGUCAUUAUCCUUAUCCUGGAGUCUCCCAUCCAUCCUGAAGUAUUCAGUUUGAAGGAACCUCCAGUGAUGAAGGGCUGCUGGGAGCCAAACCUGAAGCUCAGAGAGGCUAAGAGACUGUUUGAAGACCAGAUCACCGGACCAGAAUCCAUCGCUAAUAUUGGAGAUGUUUUCUUUACUGGAACAUCCGAUGGGAAGAUCGUGAAGCUGAUCGGUCGAAGAAUUCACACGGUGACGAGGCUUGGGAAACUGCCUUGUGGGUCCAAAGAGGAGGAGUCAAGCUGUGGGAGGCCGCUGGGGAUCAGAAUUGGACCCAAUGGGACUCUGUUUGUAGCGGACGCUUACCUGGGUCUGUUCGAGGUCAACCCCACUACAGGUGAAGCGACCAGGUUGGUGAAAGGGGGUGAGGAGGUUGCUGGCCGGAAGCUGUCAUUCAUCAACGACUUGGCGGUGACGCAGGAUGGAAAGAAGGUGUACUUCACAGACUCCAGCAGCAGGUGGCAGCGCAGAGACUACCUGAACCUCAUCAUGGAGGCCACUGCUGAUGGACGAGUGUUGGAGUACGACACAGAGAGCCGGGAGCUGACCGUGGUGAUGGAGAACCUUCGUUUUCCGAACGGCAUCCAGCUGCUGCCUGAUGAGGAAUCUGUGCUGGUGGCAGAGACCACAAUGGCCCGGAUACGCAGAGUCCAUGUUGCUGGUCUAAACAAAGGGGGAAUGGACACGUUCAUUGACAACCUGCCUGGUUUUCCCGACAACAUCCGUCCGAGCUCAACCGGAGGUUACUGGGUGGCCAUGUCUGCUGUGCGGCAAAACCCUGGCUUCUCCAUGCUAGACUUCCUGUCCCAGAGACCCUGGAUCAAGAAAUUCAUCUUUAAGAUCUUCAGUCAAGAUGUGUUGAUGAAGUUUGUCCCUCGGUACAGCCUGGUGGCGGAGCUCCACGACGGUGGCAUCUGCACAAGGAGCUUUCACGACCCAAACGGCCUGGCGGUUGCGUACAUCAGCGAGGUCCACGAGCAUGACGGCAAUCUGUACCUGGGCUCUUUCCGCUCACCGUACAUCGCCAAACUUGACCUGAGCAAGGUCUAGUAAAACGAUUAAUAGAGACCAUCACAGACAGACAUUUGUGACUCAGUUUGAAGUCUCAAAAAAGUGACAGCCUUCGUAUUUAAUAGUGAUUUAAUGGACCAGGGUGUGAAAUAGAAACCGUCACAGGUGGUCUUUUGUCAGGAUCAAAUGGCAGUUGGUCAACAGUUUUGAGCCAAAUUUCUCCAAAGCUAUUUGAUGGAUUAACAGAGAAUUAGUUUGAACACUCAUCGGCUCCUGAGGAUAAAUCAAAGGAUAGCCAGUUGAGGUGAAAGGUGUGUGGGUGUGCUUUUGAAUGGGCUGUAUUGUUUUAGUUGUAGGACUGGGUUUAGACCUUCAGAACUUUUGGUACUUAAUGUGUCUGUUGCACUGAGCAUCCGCAGACCUCCCUCAGCGGAUGAGAAUAGAUUGAGCUGCUAACUUUUAUUUUUUGAUCCAUUAAUCAACUAUAAAAUGCCAAACAAACAAUGAAAAUAAACACAUGCGAGACGUAUGACGAAGCAGAUACUUUCAAUUCAGAAGCUUAAAAAAGCAGAAGUGAAGUAUUUUGUUUUAGAGAUGACGAAAAGAUUAUUGAAUUAUUACAAUUGUUGUUUAUUUUCAUCGUUGAUUUAGCAAAUUAAUAUUCCUGUUAAUGUCUGAUCAGACAAUUUUGAAUUUAAGUCUCAAUUUAUCAAGUGUAUUUAGUUUUUCUUUAACUUGUGUCUAACUUGGCCUCUUGUUCACCUAAAACAUUUGUAUUUUUCAGGAUGAGGUCUUAGGACUAUAUAGUUUAAAAUUGAUACUGAGGCACUAAUUGGCCCAAGCAUCAAAAGAUUUUGGCAUAGAUUUAUAUUUAACUGGCUAAACUAGCUGAAAACUGUUCGCAAGCUAGCUCAAGCUAAUUCAUUUGCCCACAAACACGCUAGCUUACCCACUAGCUCGCUAGCCUCAAUUGCAAUCCUUCUAGUUAGCAAACUAGCUUGGAAAUAGCUAUUUUAUAAUUUGUUCAGGCAAACAGAAGGGGUUAGUACAUGUAAGCUUGACUAUUUGUAUUUUUGCCCAUUAUUCUUAAUUCACAGCACAUUUCACUACCUCUGGUACAAACGUUUUAAUGUCUGCUGACAUGACGCACUAUGUCCUACUUAUAACAAGUGAGAGAUAUCAGGUGAAGUCAGAGCUACAUAUUCUUGUUGAAAAACAGAUAAACAGCCUAAAAUAGCGUCUUGUCGUGUUACUUUCACUCAGCUCCUAAACAAUUAGCCGAAUGGACAGUUUUAAUGUUAGCAUACAGUAGGAUUACUUUUACAUUUAGCUGCCAGCAGAGACACAUUUUCAGCCACUGUGCCAACAGUUUGUCACUCUUGUGUUGCUGUCAGAAAAACUCCUAGUACUCUGAACAGGAAGUAUAAGUUCAAUGCUGACGUGAGCAUUUUUAACCAUCAGCUUUUAAAUUUUUCAGUUUAAACAGACAAGAAAAAAACCCAUAGAUGACAUAGAUUACUUGCUUUUCAGCCUUAUUUAUCUUUGAUUUUCACUCUGGAAUCUCCCGCUUCUACCAUCCACCCCAGAGUAACACAACAUGAGUCUUGUUUAAAAAUAGUCGCUGACAUAUGCAGAUGAUUAAAUCACUUUUAUAUAUUUGUAUUCCCAACAAAUUGUGUAUCUGAUUUCAAUAUGCUGGGUUAAAAAAAAUGUUUUUCAAAUCGUGUCAGUAUCACAAGCUUAUUAUUUUUUAGGACCACUCUAAUAAUAUAUACUCUUAAUAUUGGGUCUAAAAACCCCAACUUGUAUUUAAUAUCGUAUAGAUUAAUGACUUCAUGAUCUGAAAUUAUUAUCCAAACACAACUGUUUCCAAUUCUCUUGAGACCAGAAUGUCUCUGUUUUUCUGAUCCGCACUGUGUCUGUGUCAUUAUCCUGGGUGUUGAAGUAUUUUCAUGAAGCUUGACGAUCACAUACAUACGACUCGCUCGGUUUAGCUCAUUUAGCUCAUUUGGUUUCUUGCUGACGUAUAGCAGUGUUUAAGCAGCUGAAUCAUAAUUGAAGUAUGAGGUUACUAUGACUCUAAUAUGACCUUAUUGAAGGCCUAUAAUCUAACUCAGGGGAGACAGACAAUUCACAUUCUGAUAAAAGCUUCUGUACUUCGUUUGUUCCUUACAAGAAAAAGUUUUGUGUUUUAAUCCGAUCUGGUGUCAUGAGUUUCUCUGGUCUGGAUCAUCUGGAUAUGACAAGUUAAUGAAGUCGAGUUAACAGGCCGGAAAAUGUGAAAGGUUUGCGGUUGUUUUCAGCACUUACAGAAAAAGUGUUUUUUCUUGUGUUUGUUGUGAAAAAGUUUUCUUGUGUGGUGAGAAGUUUUAUAUUUUGUUUCUUUAAAUGAAGUGCCAAAUUUAAUUUCUGUUUUGAUGUUCGAUUUUGCACUAAAAAAAAACCUGAUAAACUGAGCUUCUGUUUUAGCACUCAAAACAUUUCUGUGAGGUGAAGCUGUUGUGAUAUAAACUUUUAUUAGUGUUUUAGUUAUUUCCUUUCUGUUUUCAGUGUUUCCCCCUCUCAGUAUGUGUAUGAUGACAGAUUGCACUCUGUGAACUCUUUUCCUUUUUUUUUUUUAUCAUGAAUCUUUUUUGCAGCUUCUCGGCUUCUUUUGAAUAAAACAUAAUCAAAUCUUCA